AUGAUCAAGUCAUCGCCAGAGUAUGCCAUAACGAAGCCGGGCAUGUCGCACAGCCUGUCGCGGAAGCGCGACAAGCCGCUGCGCACUUAUGGAAAACGAUCGGCCUCUGCGCCUGAUGCGCAUGACAAACCUCUCUCGAAGAAAUUUCGGCUCGGCGCCGACGAUACAGCCCCAGGUGGCGGCUUGUCUCUGAUUGCAGACCGCGAUGCCGGUCUUGAGAAAAAGGCAGCUGCGAGCGGGCACACGGAACACGCGAAUACGGCACAACCGAAGAUCGGGGCAGAUGGCCCACUGCAUGUUUCGAUCCUCAGUUACUUCAAACCCCUCACGCCGGCUCGAAACUAUGAAUCGUCCGAAGAAGCGACGAGAAACGUGCCACCUGGAGAGUCUUCUCGUCCAUCCCCAAACCCUGACACAGUCCAUCCGAGGAGCAAGCGCCGUCUGCUCAGGCUGCGUGUCGCAUCAUCUCCCUUAAGCGACACACCAGAGGCCGCUGUUGAUGACAAAAGUGAAAAGCAGAUGGGAGAAGAGGCGACAGGCGAGGAUGAAACCAACAAGAGCAUCAGCGACGGCGAAGAAGAACGAAGCCCCGCGAUACGUGACGUGGAGGGCCGCCUAUUGAAUCAGGAAGAGGGCAACAUCAACGGGCCGAGACCAAGCGCGGGGAUCAAAGUGAGGAGAUCGCGGAGAGUUCAGACUACACUGAACAUCUCGACGCGGGCAGCGUUUGCCGAGUGCAGGGUGUGCAACACGGUGUGGAAUCCGCUUUAUCCUGACGAUGUCAAAUACCAUGCCAAACACCACGCGACGGUGAUGCGGACAAAGGAGAAGAAGCAAGAUGAGCUAUAG